UGCUCCUCCGUCGAGCCGCCAUGUUGUUGGAGUAAAAGCCUGGGGUGUCGGAGACAAACUGGGGCCAAAAUCCGCAGCCAUCCACCCUCUUCGCCGGCUGUGGUGGAAUGAGCAGCGUGUGUGUGUUGAAGAGGAAAGCAGUGCUCUGGCAGGAUUCAUUCAGCCCCCACCAUAGAAGUACAUCUCCCAACAUGCCUGUGGUGCUGAGCAGCAGAGGACAUGCCCCCCCACCUGGACAGGCCCCUCAGGCCACACCCCCUAUCCAGCAGGGUGUGGCGGGCGCAGGGCGGUCGCAGGACGAUGCCAUGGUGGAUUAUUUCUUCCAGCGGCAGCACGGGGAACAGCCUGGCAAGCAUCGCUGGCCCACUGGAGACAACAUCCACGACAGUCAGGUCCGGUCCAUGGACGAGCUGAACCAUGACUUCCAGGCUCUGGCUCUGGAGGGACGGGCUAUGGGAGAGGUGAGCAAUCAGCUCCUAACUGGUAAGAAGUUCUGGGAAACAGAUGAUUCUGGGAAAGACGGACCAAAAGGGAUCUUCUUGGAUCAGUGGCGGGACAGUGCAUGGGGGGCCUCAGAUCACUCUGUGUCUCAGCCAAUCAUGGUGUCCCGUCGGCCGGGGCAGGGUUUCCACGGCGGAGGUGAAGUUGGGGUGGGCUCAGUGAUGUCACCACGGUCUGAAAGCGGGGGGCUGGGAGUUAGCAUGGUGGAGUAUGUCCUCUCAUCCUCGCCAGCUGACAAACUGGACUCCUGCCUUCGAAAAGGACCCUAUGGACCAAGAGAUGGAGAGGUGGAGGAAGAUAAGAGGGAGAAGCCGAAGACGGUGUUUGAGGGAGAGAAGCUAAAAGAGUUAACAGAAAGUGAAUCUGAUGUGAUCAACGACGUCAUCAACCCAAACGGGCUGCCCGUACAGAACGGCCUCGACAUUGAUGUCAAGGAGUUUGGCCGUCCCUCAGGCAACAUGCCUGCCCCCGGCCCUGAGGGCGACCUGCUGGGUGGUCCGGGCGUCGGGGCUGAAGGCUUGACACCCCUUGGAGGUGGUGGAGGCCCCAAACCUGAGGACUUCUCUGGUGUGGAACAAGGAGUCACCAUGGACCCCAUGGAGUCGGUCAUGGAGCCGCUUCAGUUUGACUACAACUCUCAGAUGCCCAUGGACUCGACACCCACUGUGGGUUUAUUUGAUUACACUAACCAGCAGCAGCUGUUUCAAAGAAACAACGCCCUAGCCGUGCAGCAGUUAACAGCAGCCCAGCAACAGCAGUACGCACUGGCAGCAGCGCAGCAGCCCCACAUUGGUCUGGCCCCAGCUUUUGUGCCCAAUCCUUACAUUAUCAGUGCUGCUCCACCAGGGACGGACCCUUACGCAGCAGGACUCGCAGCAGCCGCUACACUCGGCCCUGCGGUAAUGCCUCCUCAGUACUAUGGUGUGACCCCCUGGGGGGUCUACCCAGCCAACCUUUUCCAGCAGCAGGCGGCUGCAGCCAACAGUUCAGCCAAUCAGCAAGCAGCAGGACAGGGCCAGCAGAACCAGCAGCAGGUGAUGCGUGCUGGAGGAAACCAGCGUCCUUUGACCCCCAGCCAAGGUCAGCAGGGUCAGCAGAAUGACCAGCUGGUUGCAGCGGCAGCAGUAAACUCAGCCCUUGCCUUUGGCCAAGGGUUAGCAGCGGGCGUUCCUGGGUACCCAGUCUUAGCACCUGCAGCCUAUUAUGAUCCCACAGGGGCCUUGGUGGUCAACACAGGAGCCAGGAGUGGUCCUGUUCGCCUUAUGGCCCCUGCCUCUGUCAUCAUGUCUCCUUCUGCAGCACAAGCAGUUGCAGCAGCAGCAGCCUCUGCAGGUGGUGCCAACGGUGGUUUGGGCGGUGGAGCCAACGGUCCAUUCCGUGCCAUGACGUCCCAGCAGCCUCAGCAGCAGGGUGGCCCUGGCGGUGCUCUUGGAGGAAGCUCUUUCUAUGGAUCCUCGUCCCUGAGCUCAUCCUCCCAGAGCUCCUCUCUUUUCUCACAAGGCUCUGCUCAGCCUGGACCCGGGUCUGCCUCUCUGGGCUUCAGCCAACCUGCUUCCUCCUCCCUUGGUGCCACUCUCGGAGCCACACUAGGAGGCUUUGGCACCGCAGUGGCCAACUCAAGUGGUGGCAGCGGUUCCAGGCGGGACUCCCUGACAGGCAACAGUGAGCUGUACAAGCGCACACCCUCCAGUCUCACUCCCAUUGGUCACGGCGGGUUCUAUAAUGGCACCCUGGGCUUCAGUCCAUCACCGGGCCCUGUGGGUAUGCCCCUACCCAACCAGGGGCCAUCCCAUUCCCUCACACCACCACCGUCCCUGUCCAACCACAGCUCCUCGUCCAACCUCAAUCUUGGAGGUCUAACCAAUGGCAGUGGCCGUUUCAUCUCCGCAGCUCCCGGAGCCGAGGCCAAGUACCGGAGCGCAGUAGGCUCAGGCUCUUCCCUCUUCUCACACAGCAGCCAGCUGUUCCCGUCGUCACGGCUACGCUACGGCAUGUCGGACGUGAUGCCUUCGGGUCGGAGCCGCCUGCUUGAGGACUUCAGGAACAACCGCUACCCCAAUCUGCAGCUCCGAGACAUCGCUGGUCACAUCAUGGAGUUCAGUCAGGACCAGCACGGCAGCAGGUUCAUCCAGUUGAAAUUGGAGCGAGCGAGUUCAGCAGAGCGCCAGCUCGUCUUCAGUGAGAUCCUGCAGGCAGCCUAUCAGCUCAUGGUGGAUGUUUUUGGCAACUACGUCAUCCAGAAGUUCUUCGAGUUUGGCAGCUUGGACCAGAAGCUGGCUCUGGCUGAAAGAAUCCGGGGUCACGUGCUGUCGCUGGCCCUGCAGAUGUACGGCUGCAGGGUCAUUCAGAAAGCUCUGGAGUUCAUCCCCGCAGAUCAGCAGGUCAUUAGCGACAUGGUGCGGGAGCUGGAUGGCCAUGUGCUGAAGUGCGUGAAGGACCAGAACGGUAACCACGUGGUGCAGAAGUGUAUCGAAUGUGUCCAACCUCACGCGCUGCACUUCAUCAUCGAAGCCUUUAAGGGACAGGUGUUUGCCCUCUCCACUCACCCGUACGGCUGCCGAGUCAUCCAGCGCAUCCUCGAACACUGCCUUCCUGAACAGACGCUGCCUAUUCUGGAGGAGCUGCAUCAACACACGGAGCAGCUAGUGCAGGACCAGUAUGGAAACUACGUGAUCCAGCACGUUUUGGAGCACGGUCGAGCCGAGGAUAAGAGUAAAAUUGUGUCUGAAAUAAGAGGCAACGUCCUGGGACUCAGCCAGCACAAGUUUGCCAGCAACGUGGUAGAAAAGUGCGUGACCCACGCGUCCCGGGCAGAACGGGCUCUGCUGAUAGAUGAAGUGUGCAGCCUGACCGAGGGCCCCCACAGUGCCUUAUACACCAUGAUGAAGGACCAGUACGCCAACUACGUGGUGCAGAAGAUGAUCGACGUGGCCGAGCCCACGCAGCGCAAAAUCGUAAUGCAUAAGAUCCGGCCCCACAUUCAGACUCUGAGGAAGUACACGUACGGGAAACACAUCCUCGCCAAGCUGGAGAAGUACUACAUGAAGAACGGCGUGGAUCUGGGUCCUCUCUGCGGCCCUCCUAACGGCAUCAUGUAACCCCGCCCUCUGAAAUCAUGUCCACCACCUGCCCCGCCCCUCCCCCACCCCUCAGCUCACCUUCCUUCUGCUGUAUUGUCUCGCAGCUCCACCCUGCCGUCUUUCAGGCUCACAUCCUGACACCCCCCACAUCUAAAUCCUUCCCACCGAAGAUGCAGAGUAUCCCUCGCACCACUGUUUCCAUGACAACCCUUCCGAAGGAGCCCCGUUCCUACAGGCAGCCUUAGAUUUUUGUCUCGUUUUGUCAGCCCCCACCCGAGUUUAGGCCUGCUGAACUGGGGCAAGCAGGGCAAGAGGAGGGGGGCAGAGCGAGUGCUGAAACCUGAUCACUCACCGUUUGUCUAUUUUUGUUUUUUUUUACCGUUUCACAUCCUCUUUUCGGCUAAACUGAAAAAAAUAAAUCACCUUUUGCUACAGCUGUGCACACAAUCUACCCCCCCCCCCCCCACACACACACACCUUCAGCUGAGAUAUUUACCACUAUGAGAUAAAGUAUUUAAUUUGUCACAGAAUCAUAGACGAACACACGCCAUCAGCUUAACCAGCAGACAGAUCAUUUAGCAUGGGAGAUUCGUUUUCUGGUCUUGCUUCUAUAAAUAUAACGUGUAUACUUGAUGUAGACCUUUGCAUAUAUAUAUAAAUAUAUAUAUAUAUAUAAAACUUUGUAGUUUUUCUGGUUUUUGAUGUUGAAUCUGUAUCUAAUGUAUCCUAGUAGUGACCACAUACUUCUGACUGUAUAAUUGUACAUUUGUAAACCCUUGUAAUGUAAAAGUGCUUUACCACCCUUUUUGGUAUGAGGAGAAAAAAAAAAAACGACAAAAAAAAGAUGAUUAUAGAAAAAAGAAGUGCAUUUCAGUGUAUAUUCUCACCUCAUUGGUUGUGACAUAUGAGUUGUUGUAUAUUGUAAAUUGUAAUAUCAAACUUUUUUUUGUUUUGAGAAGCCCUUUCUACUCAGCGUAGUACCUGUACAAAGAUUUGCCACGCUCGGUUUUAUCUCGAUCCCGUCGCCGCUUAACUUAAAAGAUCUCCCACUGAACCCCCGUUCUGUUAGAAUCUGGUGAUUUCUGGUUCUUUUCCUUUUAUCUUUAAGAUCUUUUUUUAUAGGAAUGCUUUACCCCAUAAAAUGUUUGCAUAUUAUGGGUUUGCUGGCUGGGUGGGAGAAAUAACUUGACUCCUCACUCGCCUCCAAACCCUUUAAUUACCCACGACUGUUUUCAGGGGUAAAUCUCUGGAUUGUACAGAGGAGAUUUGUUUUCUCAUUCUCUCUCGUGCUGUAAGUGCUGUAUCAUACAUGUGUUUUUGGGUGAGAGGCAGCCCGCCACGGCGCGGUGUACAUUUGGAGCAGCCUUGUGUAUAUUUACUACGAGCACACCUGUAACCAUAUGUGUAUAGUUAACAGAACCUGUGUAUGCUUAUGCCUGGGCAACUAUUUUUUGUAACUCCUGUUGUAGAUUGUCUCUAAACAAUUGUGUGAUCUUUAUUUUGAAACCAAACUGAACAAAAAGAAAAAAAAAACUUUGAAAAUUU